CCGAUGUUGACAUGUGAUCUUUCGAAUGUCGAUCUCCGGUUCGCGCGAAUUCCUGUGCUCAGCUGCUGUAUUUUUGAUGAUGAUUAAACAUCAGUAGCGAAAAAAAAUAGUGACGACCACAAUCGGGAAAUAAUUUGCUCCGACUAACCAAGUUCCUUAUCCAAUAGCAGAGUUCCCAAGCACCCGCCGAUAACCGACUGUGGAAAUGACCGAAAAAUAGCAAUAUAACAAAUGUAGAAAAGCAAAGUGUUUAUCUCGAAGACGAAGAAAUUUCCGAAAAGCAAUCAUCUGUGAUAACCCAGUUCGGUUCCAAUAUUGGAACAGGUGAACAGGAAAGUUAAGUGAAUCUAAAUGCAUUGAAGUGAGAUUUCAUCCCGGGAAGAAAAAGAAGAAGAAACCAAACAUUUUCCUCGUUGGGAAGCAAUGUGGGAGCUUAUUAUUUUGAAAGCGAGUUGUUAGUGCCCAGUGGAGUGUAUGAGUUUCCCAAAUUCGAAGUUGCUCAACGGCAACAAGAAUAAAAACAAAAAUCGAUACAACGGGAAGCCACGCGCGGAAGAUUUCAAGCCUCCCCGGCAGAAGCUAUGAUAUCAGUGAAACGUUGUACAGCUACCAAUAUCAGUACCAACGGCCAUCAUCAUCCUCACCACAAUCCGCACGGUAAUAGCCCCAGCCACCACCACCACCACAAUCAGCACCAUCGCCAGAACGGUACGGUUCAGGUCCGCAGCAGUAGCGCAGGUCGCGCUGGCAGCAACAGUGGUUCCUCCGGUGGCUGUGGCAGCAACAACAACAAUCGGCUGAUCCGCAGCCGAAACAGCCCGUCUCUGGGUGCUACUAACGGGUACUCUUCCGGCGGUUUCCCCGGAGGAGGACCAGCAACGGUCGCCGCGUCGCUGACUAAUGGUGGAUCGUACUCGAUCAUCACGAACGGCGGUAGCUUGUACUACAGCACCAGCAACAACAGCAUAGCGGGACCGAAAAGUUUGGGAAGUGAGGGACCAGUGAGUAAGACGGUGGUAGCGGCUGCGGCGAGUACCGGUGCGGACAUAUUCGAACUGGACAGUUUGUUCCUAGUGCCAAAAUGUGCCCUCACGUACGAUAAGGCUAUGAGCCUACGGAAGGAUCUGGCGGCGUAUGAUUUCAACAUUAGGAUACUCGAGGAUACACCAAAGGGGAACGUUUGGAUAUCUGGAAACAGGGAUGCAACCAUACAAAAACAGAGCCGGCCAUCUUCAGCUAAUAAAGACACCCGUCCACACUCUAUGCAUCUGCAUACUCUGCACUGGUUUGCCUGCGUAGGCGAAGAUUACGAUAGCAAUGGUUAUGGUAACGAAGAAGACCUGCAGAAAGAACGCGAGGAGCGGAUAAAGCAGAUCAAAGAACGCCAGAAUGAGGAACGGCAGCGAAAGCUAGAGGAAAUCAAGGCACAAGCACUGGCCACGCAGAAAUACCGGGAACAGAAAGAAGAGGAACGGCGCCGUCGAAUGGAGGACCUUAGGCGGCGGGAAAACGACCGGCGCUCACAGGCCGAGGAGCGACGGCGUGCGAUACAGGAAGCGGACAACGAACGGCGACAGUACAUCCUGCAACGGAACCAGGAACGGGACCAGAGAAUGGAAAGCAAACGGCGCAACGAGCGCAGCUCGAUACAGUUCGCCUUUGGCUCGUCGACGCCACGGAUGAUCGACACCACCGACAGCGGCAUGUGCAGCUCGUUCUGGGCAAACCGGAGAGCGACAUCUAUCACGAAUGUGGCAUACACGGGGGCACCACUGACGCGUCGCAGUUCCGAACGGGAACUGACCGAUGGCAGUUCCAAGAAACGUGCUACCUCCGCUAGUGGUUUAGACCGAUCGACCGACGACAUGCGACGGAUGUCCAGCUCCAUGUACGAGGUGUUCAACUGGGCCAGCACCAGCGAGUGCCCGAAGAAGUUGACCCUCUCGCUGGCCGGCUCCAGUAUCAACAUCGACGCCCCGUCCAAGGCGGAACGAGCGGCUGCGGCGGCGGCGGCCGCUAUGAGAAAGGACGAUUCGGCUGACAUGAGCUACCAGCGUACCGUCAAUCGUCGCAAAACCGAUCUUAUGCCCACCAUUCCUAGUCCUCGCGAUAGCUCUAGAUCAUCUCUCGGCACUCACACCCCCAGAACACCAGGUCGAGCCUUCUCGAUGACACGCCUGGACCAGCUGGCACAGCCUCGUCGCCGCAACGGCGAACACAUCAGUGCAAUCAUCGAACGCGAACGCCGCCAGGCCCACGAGCUGGAGAACCUGACCCGGCUGUCCCUGUCCUCGUCCCGGGCGUCCCCAACGGCGGACGGCGGCGCCAGUAGUAAGCGCAUGUCCCGCAGCAUGUCCCAGCUGGCCAGUCCGUCCUCGUCCAAGUACCGACACCCAUCGCAGGAGUCCCCGCACUCGGCCGGGCGCCCCGGUCGGAAAUCUUCCUUCAACUCAUCGCUGGGCGACUCGAUGAUGAUGGGUGCCGGUCGGUUGGACACCUCCAAGAGCAUGUCCCAGCUCAACACGGCCGGGCGGGUUUCGCGCCUUACCAAGACCGAACGACUGCGCCAGCAGGUCCGCGAGCAGCUGAACGGAUCGGCGUCCACCGGCGCUUCGUCUUCUACGACCGCAACAGGUUUGCGAUCCGGUGAAAUCACGCCCAACAGUCUGAACACGUCCCGCCCGGGCAGUGCAAUGUCCAACUCGACGACGGCCUCCGGUGUGGUCUAUCGGCGGUCUCUGCCGCACUCGGCCGGAAGCCAUCAGCAGCGGAAGCAGCGGCCCGUCUCGAUUGCCGUCACCGGCGUUUCGGCGGGCCCGAAAGAAGAGAAACCUCCACUUCCGAAAAUAUCAGCAACGAAUAACAGUAGCUCCACCAGUUUGGAGCGCAAGCGUUCCCAGAGUGGAACCAGCACUCCAUCCAGGCCAAUCACAGCACCAGACAGUGCAACACCUAAGAAACACCACACUCCGAUGGAAAGGCAACGGCUAGGCAGCGGUACCAGCAGUGUUCGUGGUACUCCUAAGGCAUCAUCGACCCCGCUCCAGUCACCAGGCCCCGAGAAAGCAAACCGCACACUGCAGGACUCGCUACAGAAACAGAAAAAACAGCCAUCGGUAGUCGACGAUCACUCGCAACAGCCGCAGCAGCAACAACCACAACAGCUGUUGCCACAGCAACAGCCACCGUUGUUGGCGAAGGAAGGUUCUUCGGUCAGUGCGAAGAGCAGCAACGAAGAGAAGGUGGAAGUAGUGCAGCAGGAACAACAAAAGCAGGAGGAAGUGGUUGUGCAAUCAAACGAAGUCAUCACCGUCGUUGAAACUGUUGAGCAGCAACAACAGGUGGUUGUAGUUAGUGAAACAAAAGUUGCCGAGGAAGUGCAACCAGAGGAGGAGAAAGUCGAACAGCCUCCACAAGUCAUGGAAGUCAGCAGUCACGAAGAGAAGAAAGAUGAAAUGAAGGAAAGCACCAUCGCGAGCAACAAAUUGGAACCCAAUCCAACUUUGGAUGGUUCUAAUGCAGACUUGAUGACUGCCUCCAUGAUCGCCAAGCGCAUCAACACAGAAGAGGAAGCCAAAGCAGCUUUGGCCGAACGGCGCCGUUUGGCUCGCGAAGAGGCAGAACGCCUAGCCGAGCUCGAGCGGCAGCGAAUCGCUGCAGAAGAGGAAGCCGAACUCCAGCGCCAGCUAGAGGAGGAAGAGCGUCUCCGCAAGCUGGAGGAGGAAACCAUUCGCUUGGCCGAAGAGCAGCGCCGACUGGAAGAGGAACGACUCCAGCAAGCCAUCCAGGACGCCCAAAAGCGCGAAGAAGAGGAACGCCAGCGCCGUGAAGAGGAGGCUCGCCAGAAGGUGGAACGCGAGGAGGCAGAAAAGAAGGCCCGCGAAGAAGCCGAACGGCAACGCAUCGAGAUGGCCGAGCGACUUAAGAAGGAGGAGAAGGAGCGCGAAGAGCGACGCAAGCGGGUGGAAGCCAUCAUGUCUCGCACGAGAACUAAGGGAAGCGCCAACAACACGCCAACGAAGCAAUCCGACGAAAACAAAGAUAAUGCCAUGAGCAAGAGUGUGAUUGUGACAUCUAGUACUGCAUCAACGAUGUUGGACCAAACGAUGUCGAUGACCGAAUCGAUGCUGGGUUCGAUCGAACAGCAACAGCAACCAACGGAAGAUGCGGAAGCUGCUGCUCAAACGAUUGAAGAGAAAACAGAAUCGCUCGCUCAAAGCCUCCAAUCGCUGUCCCUAACGGCGACGGAAGGAAACCAGCAGAACCAGGAGAACAAUAACAGCAGCAGCAACAGCAGCAACGAUAGCAGUCUAAUCAGCAACAAUCACAACAACAAUGUGAACAGCGGUUUCACGACGACUGCUGCCAGCAGCAACAAUGCCACCGACUACGAACGCUCGGUGACGGAGAAGGAAAACCUUCUACUAGGUAGCUUUAACAAUAAUCUAAAGAAUAGUAACGCCACCAGCAACGGAGGCAGUGAUAACGGCAGCAGUCUGCAGCCAUCGUUGGUGGAGUCCAGCUCAACGCCAGCGGCUGCCCAUGUCAAUGGAAAGUCCACCAACGCCGGUGAUGCGACGACAAUCGCCGAAACGACCGAGCUGAUCAUCGAGGAUGCGAUCAUGAGCGGUCAAACCAACGGUCACAAGAACGGCAGUAUUGAUAAUGUGUUUACACAAAAUACACCGGCUGUUGACGGUUCCGCGAAAUUCCUAGCGCACUUCGACACUCAGCCACUAGACUUUGCGCUCUCGUCAGCAGCCGACGGCGUCGAAAGCAGCGAAAAUCACAAUCAGCUGGAUUCGACCACUUCUACCAGUACGAGUACGACGACAACGACCGGCACGACAGUGGUUGGUCAGUUGAUCGAGUUCAGUAGUUUCCAAUCGCUGCCUGACGAGGCACAGCAGCAGCAGCAACAGCAACAAACCAUUAGUGAUAACGACGAUCCCUUCAACCUUAACCUCGACAACAACAACAGCUUGCCCGCCGUCGAUGGCAGCAGCAGCCAUGUUGAGCUACUCGAGAGCAGUAGUAACGGUACCUCAAACCCCUUCUCCAAUUCCCUGUUCACCAGCAGUGAUGCAAAUCUGAUUAGUAAUAGCAAUUUCCUAAAUAAUAAUUCCACGAGGCUAGUCGCAACAUCCGACAGUCAAGACAACCGAGACUUGUCGCUCUUGUGAACGAGUAAAUUGAACUAGAUUUUAAAUUGCGUGCGUGCGUGCGUGAUCUACUCAUCCCAACUCACGUUUUGAAUGCGGCGCAACGCUACACAUCUGGACCCCAGAAACGGAAAGGUAACCAAACCGUGUGAGUAUCGGAAGCAACGCAACUUCAUAGGUAACGCCGCUACUUUAAGAAACUGUAGGUUUCCUAUAUGGGAUCUGUGUGGGCACUUGUGUACAGUUUGUGAGGAAGGAUCAAAGAGAACAGAACAUAGAAAUGCGUGCAUGCGUGUGUAUGUAAAUUGGAA